CUUUCUUUCUUAUGGCCCACCAAUGAGAGAACACUGUUCCGAAAAUGACCUGCUCAACUAUGGAAGGGUCCUAUAUAUCAAUAUAUCCUAUUCCACCCUGAAAUUCAGCCAAGGCAUUAACGUAAACAGUUCACCAUUUCUAUUUUAGUCAAUUUAGUUAGUGUUCGUUCGGUUUGUGGUUCGUUCUCUCAAAAUGAUGGAUUUUCUUGAGUCAAUAACUUUAUCUUGUUUUGGUGAACCAAAAGUUGAAAAUUUGGAAGAAGCUGUAAAAGUUUUAUCUUACAAACAACUUAAACGAUAUUUGAAAAGGAACUAUAAAAAGAUAAAGAAGGAUGAAAUAUCCUCUGUUUUCGCAUCGUUAUACAUUGAUGCUUAUAAACAAGAGGAGGAAUUCCAUGAAUUAUUUACUCUGCUACUCCGUUAUGGAGCAGAUCCUUUGUAUUUGUACGACUAUAAAGAGACGAUACUAUACAGGUCUAUCACUUGUGGAGUACCAGCACUGACAAAGGAAUUUCUCCAAUUCCUCCCUAACAUCGAUUGUUCCAUAGAAGAUCAAGGCAAAACUGCGUUGCAUGCUGCGGCCCUGUCUUCCUGCAAAGAAAUAAUGUUGUACGUUCUGGAGAUGGGCGCCGACGUCAACGCUAGGACGGAAAACAAAAGAUUCACACCUUUGCAUGUGGCCACCACUCAGGCGGAUCCAGAAGUCAUCGACAUUCUUCUAGAUCACGGCGCAGAUAUCAACGCAAGGAACGGUCACGGUGAAACUCCCCUUCAUAUGGGAUUCCCCUUCGGGAACCGUAAAGUCCUGUCCCAUCUGAUUAACCGAGGCACAGAUUUAAACGCCAGAGACAAAUUUCACAAAACGGCAUUGCAUCAGUUUUUGCAUAGGUGGGCGGGUUGCGUCGAAAUUUGCGAGCUGUUGUUAAAGAAUGGAGCGGAUCCUAUGGCGACUGACGAUGCUGGUAACACGGCCCUACAUUCCCUGGCUUUAUCUUGUAGGUUGUCCAAAUUAUAUCCCAGCAUCGCACUGACGAGGAUGUUGGUAGAGGCCGGAGUUGACAUUAAUGCCCAAAAUAGAGAAGGCCAAACACCUAUGCACGUAGCUAUAACUAAAGGCAUGGAUAGGUCGUAUAUGCUAUGCCUACUGCGAUCUGGUGCCGACAUCGUCUUGCCCGAUAUCCAUGGAUUUACAGUCCUUCAGUAUUACCUGCUCAUGAAUAGCAAAUCUGGCUUGGAACUUCUCAGGUAUUACGCGUUGGAAGAACGUAAAGGGAAGUUCCAGUUUACCGAGGAUAUGUUGAACCAGAUCGAGAAAAAUGAAAAGUAUCAAACUUUCCUCUUGACUUGCACAUCCGAAUUGUCUACUUUGGCUUCGAUGAGUGUGGGGAACGAAAGCUCGUUCACUUUACUCGAUUUUCUCAUCGCCCCGAUAAGCAUAGCGGCCAGAUUUUCGCAAAACGAGGAAUUCGCCAAGUUACUGGAUAAGAUCAACAGUUCAAACUUUCCUUGCUAUAGUCAUGUGCUAGCUGAGAAAUAUCGGAAAGGGUGCAGGCGUGGAAAGGCAGAAACUAUCGGAUUUGAAUUCCUUAAUCAAAUUUUCGAUGGUGUUUUGAACGCCGUUUGUAUUAAGGCGAUUCUGGACUAUAUUCCAACACAGGAUUUGGAACGUUUGAAAUAUUCGCACUCGAAUGAAGUGCCGAAAGAAAGUAGGGAUUGGAUGAAACCAGAUUAUUUUAAGAAGAAUCUCGGUCAUUAUUUCGAUCAGUACGAUCCCUGACCAAGCGAUGAAUAUAAUAAUUAUACCCCCUCAUUAUUUUAGUUUCGAAAAUAUUUAUUUCAAUUUCUAUAUGAUUUUCAGUUUGGUAUACAGAUAUUUAAUUUUUUACCUCUGAGAAAGUAUUAUAGUUCUGAGUACAGAGCCGUCACUACUUGCUAGACAAAUUGCCGCCCUAACAGAAGUCAAAUCUGAAGAAUGAAAAAACCUACCUGUAUCCCGUAGGGAAGCAUCUCAUAGCAGAUAAAGCAAAACAGCAAAACCUUCCUGGCCGUCAAUCCUAGGUUGGCCAACGUUUCAGCUGCUCACCGCAUUUCGACCGCGACCGUUUUCGCUUGACGUUGUCGUAAAUGAUCUACUUUUCAUCACCAGUCACUAAACACUUCAAAAAUCGGUCGAUUUCUCUUGUGGUACCCUUACAUCGACCUUCUCCUUGAGAUCAGCCUUAUGAAAAUGGUUCCAAACGGUUUUUUGUGCCAUAUUUAGAUCUUGUGCAAUUGAAACUAGGGAUUUACGGCUUGACUUGAUAUUCAAGCUACUUGGCUUGAGCUCGACUUGAAAUUAAACUCAAGUCAAAGUCAAGUAUUUAUUUAUUGAAUACUUGACCUAACAUUGAAAAACUACUACUUGACUUGAACUAGAGCUAAGUAAAAUAAUUCCAGAAACAUCAAAGGCUCGCCCCAAAUUCCCAGUAAAAGUUCGUCAAACAGAAAGCCGACAAGCCUGAUGAGUAGUGCAUGAAUUUUAGCAUCACUAACUCUUAAAGUUAAACUGCCUCUCUUGAAUUUUGACGCCACUGACCACUGCCUACCCACUAGCAACGGCCUUGUCUGAAGAAAUUGAUAAAAUUAAUCACAACAAGUAUUGAAUUUAUGACUACGUACUUAGCGUUGGUAACUAAUAGUCAAUUUUGUCGAUAUUGUGAAGAGGAUUUUAUUCGGAAAGAUCAAUAGAAAAAACUGAAUUUUGAUUAAUUACUCGAAAUUAAAUUAUAUCAAUUUUAUAUAAUGAAAAAUGAUAGGUAUACAUUUUGAUGGGAAAACUUAUUUACAUAAAUUUGAAAAUAUCGCAUUGCCUUUUUAAUACAGUAUAAAUUAGUACCUAUAAUAAAACUUAUAUCUUUUUUAUUCAGCAUUGUUCAACUUUUGUAGAUAUUUUUUUACGCGCGUAUAAAAUCUACCUACCUCAACUCAGUACAAAUAUUUAUCGUAGAUCUUUUUAUACACGAUUGAGUAACAACUCAACUUAACAUAAGUUCAAAGUAUUACGUUUUUCAGUGUAAAAUUCAUAAAAACUAACUGAAAUAUUUGGACAAAUGUUGAUUGCUUCGAAAAUAAUCGAAUAUUCCUACAUAACUGUUGUAUUCUUGAAUGAUUUGAUGUUGUAUUUUGGAAUGACUGGUUGGAGUUUAUGAAUAUGUUAAUAUUGGACCUAUAUACAGUGUAUUGUGUCUUGUGAAACAUUUAGUUAUAUUGACAAAAAAUUUUGACGCUUUAAGGUAUAAACAGACCGACGUGGGACGGGAACGAAACUUUUACGGGAUGGAAAUCAACGGCGGGAUAUGAAGGAGUGCAUAUCGGAACGGAUAGAACGCUUGCGAAUUGCGGGAUGUCUGCGAAUUAAUUUCGGUCCGCAUCGUGCAGUGUUUCCCGCAGUUCGCACAGUAGUUUUGUCUUAUUAUUAUCGCGUUUGUGUGCAUGCUAUGCAAUCUGCCCGCUGUCGCAUCUAACGCAUCGCUCCCGCAGUCCCGCGUCGGUCUGUUCAUACCUUUAUUUGAAUGUUGCUCCGAAUCUGAGCACAUUUUUGAUACCAAAUAAAAUAUUGACAAAA